AUGGUACAACCUAUAAAAUUUGUUUCACUAAAAGUGAGACUCCUGCAUCGUGUUACAGAUCCUAUUAUUCUAUUUCCGACAUUGACAGUGAUAUUCAUCGUGUGGUUCAUGCACGUUAUCAACUUAUUUACAGAAUCAAUAUUGGAAAACUCCAACACCCCCCAGAUUACUGUAACAAAAACCAUAUCUUCAACAAUCACGAAAACUGCUGAAGCUUCAAUCACAUCAUCUACUACAUCUUCCAUCUCUACUCCAGUCAAUACGCUUGAUGCAAAUACUAUUGAUGCAACAUUCAAAUUCUAUAUCAAUUCUACGCUAAAUCAGAAUCAAGAAUUGAUCAACCAGGACAUAUCACAAAGAAUUACUCCAUUAAUACAAUCUUAUAUUCAAAAUUGGAACUAUUCGUUCAUAAAUGUGCGAAGUCUAUUGAAUAAUGCAGAAAACGACUUAAACCAACUCAAAAAUAAAAUAGUUGAUAGUUUGGACACACAAGCAAAAAGAUUAAAUGAAUCUGUAAGUACAUUGAAGGAGUCAGGUCUAAUAGUGGCUUCUUCUUCUGACCAAACAGAUGCGUUAAACAACAUUUAUUUAGACUACAGUGGAAUAAACGCCGAUUUUACGGAGUUGAGCCAAUCUCUAAAUGGUUCAUCAAAAACACGAGAAAAUUUGAACUUACCAAAUAUAUCUUUUACAAGGUUUAAAUUCAAUAUUAGCUUGCAAUCAGAUCCCAUCGAGUCUUUCAUUUCUGAUGUAAACUCAAAGCUUUCGGAAAAGCUACCAGAAAAUAACAAGCAAAAAAGGAGCUUAUCGACGGAAAGAAAAGUUAAGAAACCUUCUUCAAAGUUCGUCAAUCUCACCGUUAUUUUCCUUUGUAUAUACCCAGCUCUUAUUGUUGGUGUGAUGAUAAUUGAAUGGUUUUCUCACGUUAUCAGAAUGCAAUUGACAUUAUCCACGAUAGACCAACAAUUAAUUGAGUGGACCGAAACUAAAAAUAAAUUGGAAAGGUAUAAUAUAUGGAAGCCAAUGGUGUUGGAUUUAUGCGAGUCAUUUCAAAACUCCAUAACUACAAAGUUUUUUAAUCUAGUUCAGGCGACAAUUAGAAGAAUCAGACAUACAUCUGAAGAUGAUGACAAUAAUGAAUCAAACAACAAAAUAUCAAAACUAAUAUGGUGGUUUACAAAUACAUGUGUAAUGCAAUGGUAUCUCUUACUAUUCAUUUUAAUAGUAUGGUCCAUUGUUAUCACUUUACUUCCGAACACUGAUCUUUAUUCUACUACACUUUCAACAGUAAAUAAAAGAUAUGGAGAAGGCAGCAUUAGUACGCGUUCAAUGACGGGUGAAUUCAAUGAAUUAGUAGAUAUUUGCCAAUCAUUUGAUUCUAAGAUAAAUGAUCUCAUUGAAAGUCAAAUAAGCGACUUUUACAACAAUACGUUGAAUGUUUCUUUGGAUAGAUGGAAUGCUCAGAUGAGUAGUAUCGUUUCCUCCUUACCUUCUCCAAUUUCUGACUAUGUCCCAUGGGAAAACAUGACGAGUAUCACAAAGAUUGAACCAAUAUUCCUGAAUAUAUCCGAAUUAGCGAAUAUCAUAUGGUCACCAUUGAACGAAAUCAAUAAUACGUCAUCAAGAUCAGCAAUGGUUUCUCUAUUUCGAAGAAGUUCCUCACGUCCCAAUACUUUCCCUUUGAAAAGUUAUGUAGACAAGUUGUUCAAAAAUAGCAUUAUUGUAUGGGUAUGCAUACAUCUAGCCCAACUGGCGUUAUCUAUCAUCAUAUAA